CUGGUUUGGAAUUCACGUAUAUAAUGCAAUCCUUACGACAUGUGUGUUUUUUUUUUAUAAAACAUGCGUGUUUGUGUUUUUUUUUUAUGUUUUUCGUGACGUCAUGAUGCUUCUAAUGCGGCUAUGCUCUAGAGUUAAAUAACAUUAAGUUUUGCACCCCACAUUUCUCAGACUGAUUGUGUGAAUAGUUUUCGCAACGUGUACCAACGCUGCGAGUGACCUGGCAAACGCUUAGCAUUUAGCGUGACCGUAAUGAACCAAUUCGUUCGACUUUUUAUUUAUGAAACGAAUUCUUGCUUUGAAAAAUAAGCGGAAAAGCUCUUAAAACUUAGGGUGUUAACAGAGGUUUCGACAGCAUGAGUUUUUUCUCGAAGCUGCUAUUUGGCAAGGAUCGAUGUACCGAAUGUGGUGCCCCUUCUAAAAUGGCUCCUCUUACACCUUCAUAUCUAUGGGAAACCACAUCGACUCCAUUCGAGCAACGUUUGAACGAUCUACACGAUUUUUUAAAUAUUCAAUCUAGCGGCCCUGAUUCCGUGUGCCGCGAAAAUCCACGUACAAACCAGCUCGAGUGUCAGUUGUAUCUCGGAAGAGGAUUUCGGCCAGAAAACGUAGAAGUGAACGUAACUGGUCAUCAGGUGGAGCUGAAAGCUCGUCAGGAACACGUGUCCGAUGACGGACAGAACUAUUCCCUUUCAGAGAUUCGACGUACAUUCAUGGUGCCUAACACUGCUGAUAUGGACGGACUUACAGCUACUAUGGAAAGUAAUGGGAGAUUUGUAUUGCAAGCUCCCUUGCUAAAACAAACUGUACCUAGUCAAACAGGCCCAGUUCCUAUAGAAAUAAAGAGAAAAUAAAUACAAUCCUGGAGACAGUUACAUAAACGUAAUAGUCGAUCUCUCGAUGUACUUCUAGUACCGCCUAUAGUACGUGAUGUAAAAAGUGAAGCUAAAAUUAGAUCUGAUUGUGUCGAAUAAAGACAACAAUUUCUGUGGAUGGUGCAACUUAAUGCGACGGUACCUGUGUACGCAAAACGCUGCAAAGACAAACAUACAUGUAGUAGCGGUUUUCGUUAUGGUAGUGUUGAAGAAAAACCUCCUCAAAUUCCCACGACAACUGGUUAAAUAAAUACGGGUCUUACUCAA